AUGGCACCUGAAACAGCAGAAGAGCGCGAAGACCAGUUCAAGGCGGUGGAUGUGUGGAGUGCGGCAGUGACUUUGCACCAGCUCGCUUCCGGAAGCCUUCUUUUUGGGCUUCACAGCGGUUCGACGCAACUGCAGCUGUGCAGUCUUUUGAGCUGCAUCUACCGUUGUUGCAGUCCGAUGCCUCCAGAGUCGGCGAGGAUCAGCCAAAACAUUUGGCGCGUCGUCCGACACAUGCUGCAUGUGGAUCCGUACGAGCGGAUCAGCAUGCACUGGACAUUUGGCCCACCGUGGCAAGCUCGGAUUGACCCCCCCCCGUGUGUACUGGUAGUGCUGACGGUCAUUGGACAGAGGUGCAACGAGCCCGUUCGGGACAAACUUGCAACGUUCCCCAUGCAGCUCUUGUCGGAUGUCGUGCGCAUCACCGGCGGCCGUCUGGCCCUGAUCGAGGAGGAGCAGAUCCUGGACGAUGGUGGCGCAGCCGCAAUUUCCAGGGUGGAUGACAACCGCCUGCGGGUGGAGCGCGACGAGCUGCAGCAUGCACAGCAGGAGAAGGAGCGGCAAAAGGUCGAACGGAAGGAGGCCUUUGAGAGCAAGCUGCGCAAGCUUCGCCGGAACGCAGCCGGCGAGCCGGCAAUGGAGGAGUCGGAGCCUACGCUCCCUGUUGCAACUUCUGCGCCUUCUGGAGCGUCUGCGCCGCCGCGUGUGCGAGAGCGCAAAGAUGAAGGUGAUGCUUAUGGCAAGUACGGGGUGACCAAGUCCGGGCUGAAACAGGCCGAGGAGGAUUUGGACAAGUCCCUAAGAGGGAAGGGCCCGGUGCAGGGCCGCAGCUACUGGGGCAAAGAAGGCCUCGGUAGCGGGCCUCACAUCAAUCUGUUCGAGGAGGCAGAGCUGGCUGUGAAGCAGCAAGAAGCCGCGCACAGCAAGCUUCUGCGCUACCAGGAGACGAACAACAAUCUUGCUGAAAAGGGCAAGAAGCGGCCUCUCUCCGAGUUUGACGAGAUGACCCAAGAGAAGCCAUGGUAUCUCGAGGUCCAAGCUCGCGGCCCUGACGAGGACGGCGAGGAUCCAAAGCUCCAGAAGAAGUGGAGCAGGAAGCACGACCAGCUGAUCCUCAAAGUGGUGGAGCGGAAGAAAGAGGCUUCUACAGCACUGGCGCUGGGCUGUGAGUCAGCGGAAGCUCGGGGAACGCUGCUGGAUGAGGAAUGCCGCGGGAAGCACGCUAGAAGUGAGUCAAGAGGAAAGCAGGCCAAGGACAAGAAGACAAAAAGGCGGAAAGAGAAGAAGAGAAAGAAGGGCAGCCACGAUGAUGAGGCUCUGUCGGAGCUUCGAAAAGAGAGGCAACUGCGUGAGGAGGCCGAGCGAAGGCGGGCAGCAGAGCUGCGACCACUUUUCUCGGGAUGA